ACAGCACUGCUGCUUGGCUUCUUGAGAGGAGAGAGGCAGAGAAUCACAAGCCUUCUCCUCCUCCAUCCUGUGUGUGAGCGUGUGGCUUUUUUUCACUGGUACACACGUUGGCUGGUGGAAUCACACAGCACUGUUAGCAUUAGCGGAGGAUCUGUGCUGUGUCUUCCAAAAUGCUCAACAAUCUCACUGAAUGUGAAGAGGGCGAAGGGGGACCCAACAGUCAGGGAGAUGCAACUUCCAAGGAGAGCAGCCCCUUUAUCAACAGCAGCACAAGUGACGUAGAAAAAAGCCAUUAUGAUGGAAAAAACAUGGCUCUGUUUGAGGAGGAGAUGGACACUAGUCCCAUGGUAUCUUCUUUGCUCAGCAGCCUAGCCAACUACUCCAACCUGACACAGGGCAGUAAAGAGCACGAGGAGGCAGAAAACAAUGAGGAAGCACGCAAGAAAACUGUGAAGGCUCCACGCAUGGGCACGUUAAUGGGCGUUUACCUGCCAUGUAUGCAGAACAUCCUGGGGGUGAUCCUGUUUCUCAGGAUGACCUGGCUGGUUGGCGUUGGAGGUGUACUGGGCACAUUCACCAUCGUCUUCAUUUGUUGCUCCACGACUAUGCUGACUGCUAUCUCAAUGAGUGCAAUUGCCACCAAUGGAGUUGUGCCAGCUGGCGGUUCCUACUACAUGAUUUCUCGUUCACUGGGGCCAGAGUUUGGCGGAGCUGUUGGUAUUUGUUUCUACCUGGGUACCACUUAUGCUGGAGCCAUGUAUAUCCUGGGCUGCAUCGAAAUCCUGCUGAUCUACAUUGUGCCAGGAGCUGCUAUAUUUAAAAUGGAGGGUCUGGAGGGAGGAGAGGCCGAGGCAGCACUGUUGAACAACAUGCGUGUGUACGGUACCAUCGUGCUCUCCUUAAUGGCUUUGGUUGUCUUUGUCGGUGUCAAGUAUGUCAACAAGUUGGCCCUCGUGUUCCUCGCCUGCGUCAUUCUCUCCAUCCUUGCUGUCUAUGCGGGUGUCAUCAAGACAUCUUUUGAUCCGCCAGACUUUCCGGUCUGUGUGAUCGGGAAUCGAACUCUUAUGUCAAAGAACUUUGACAUUUGUGCCAAAACCAUAGAAAGGGGCAAUGCUACAGUUACCACCAAGCUCUGGAGAGCCUUCUGUGACUCUGAAUUCCUGAACGCCACCUGUGAUGAGUACUUCACUAACAACAACCUCUCUCAGGUCCAGGGAAUCCCUGGAGUCACCAGUGGCAUCCUUGCAGAGAAUCUUUUCAGUUCCUUUAUGGAGAAAAAUUCUAUCUUAGAGAAGCGAGGUCUGCAAACAGUACUUGACCCUGACACCCCACCAACCAACACCAACCGAUAUGUCCUGGCAGACAUCACUAGCUUCUUCACCCUGCUGGUGGGCAUCUACUUCCCCUCUGUCACAGGUAUCAUGGCUGGUUCCAACCGUUCUGGUGACCUGCAGGAUGCUCAGAAGUCCAUCCCUGUUGGUACCAUCUUGGCCAUUGCCACCACCUCCUUUAUCUACAUGUCUAGUGUGAUUCUUUUUGGAGCCUGUGUGGACGGAGUCGUUUUGAGGGACAAGUUUGGGGAAGGUGUCAAUGGUAACUUAGUUAUCGGCACGCUGGCAUGGCCCUCGCCCUGGGUCAUUGUGUUUGGCUCCUUCUUCUCCACCUGUGGGGCAGGGCUUCAGAGUUUGACAGGAGCGCCUCGCCUCCUUCAAGCCAUCGCCCGAGACGGAAUCAUUCCUUUCCUCAGGGUGUUUGGUCAUGGCAAAGCUAAUGGUGAACCCACAUGGGCUCUCCUCUUGACGGCUUGUAUCUGUGAGAGUGGCAUCCUCAUCGCCUCUCUGGAUGCAGUUGCACCCAUUCUCUCCAUGUUCUUUCUUAUGUGCUACAUGUUUGUAAACCUGGCUUGUGCCCUGCAGACGCUUCUCAGAACCCCGAACUGGAGGCCACGCUUUAAGUUCUACCACUGGGCUUUGUCACUCUUGGGCAUGAGCUUGUGUCUUACCCUGAUGUUCUUGUGCUCCUGGUACUAUGCCAUUGUUGCCAUGGUGAUCGCUAGCUGUAUCUACAAAUACAUCGAGUUCUGUGGGGCAGAGAAGGAGUGGGGUGAUGGGAUACGUGGCAUAUCUCUCAGUGCUGCCCGCUUUGCUCUUAUGAGGCUGGAGGAAGGUCCUCCUCACACUAAAAACUGGAGGCCACAGAUUCUGGUGCUUGUGGGUUUGGAUGGUGAGCAGAAAGUGGAGCAACCUCGACUGCUUUCGUUGACCAAUCAGCUGAAAGCGGGCAAAGGUUUGACUAUCGUAGGGGCAUGUGUGGAGGGAACCUACUUGAACAACCAACCACAGGCACAGAAAGCAGACCAAUCUUUAAGGAAGCUGAUGGAGGUUGAGAAGGUGAAGGGAUUCAGUCAGGUGGUGAUCUCUUCUAACUUGCGGGAUGCCACUUCACACCUGAUCCAAGCUGGAGGACUCGGUGGCCUUCGCCACAACACUGUGCUGGUCAGCUUCCCCAAGAACUGGAAACAGGCUGAGGAGCGCCACCGCUGCAGGAACUUCAUUGAGGUUAUAAGGGAGACCACCGCGGCUCAUUUAGCCCUGCUGGUGCCAAAAAAUAUUUCUGCAUAUCCGUCAAAUGGCGAGCGUUUCACUGAAGGACACAUUGAUGUAUGGUGGAUUGUCCAUGAUGGAGGCUUGCUCAUGCUCCUUCCCUUUCUUCUGCGCCAGCACAAGGUGUGGAGGAAAUGUAAGAUGCGCAUCUUCACUGUGGCUCAGAUGGACGACAACAGCAUUCAGAUGAAGAAAGACCUGAUGAUGUUCCUUUAUCACCUGCGGCUUGAUGCUGUGGUGGAAGUGGUGGAAAUGCAUGACAGUGACAUCUCCGCCUACACCUAUGAAAAGACCCUGAUGUUGGAGCAACGAUCACAAAUCCUUAAGGAGAUGCACCUAACCAAGAAUGAGCGUGAGAGAGAGAUUCAAAGCAUCACAGAUGUGUCUCGUGGGUCUAUUCGGCGAAAGAACCCUUCAAACGUGCACGCCCAGAGGAGUAUCGCUGAUGAGUCAGUGAUCGGAAGUGGUGAAGAGAAACCUGAGGAGGAGUCUGUCCAUCUUUCCCAUCCUCGGCAGGUGCAACUCAUUCAGGGAAAAAAUGCCACACCCACCCCAACUAGCCCCACCUCCCCUACCUCUCCCACCCCAGCAGCCAUGACCCCCGGAGAGGGUGUGCAGAUGACUUGGACGGAUGCCACAGAAAAGGCCAAUAUUCCAGCCGCGGCCAACCCAGAGAGUAUAAAGGAUUUGUUCAACAUGAAACCGGAAUGGGAGAACCUGAAUCAGUCCAACGUGAGACGCAUGCACCACGCACAGAAGCUCAACGAGGUCAUUCUGAAGAAGUCACAAGAAGCUAAACUAGUCCUGCUUAACAUGCCUGGACCACCUAAGAAUCGCACUGGAGAAGAGACCUACAUGGAGUUUCUUGAGGUCUUGACUGAAGGUCUCAACAGGGUCCUCCUUGUGCGUGGAGGCGGACGUGAGGUCAUUACUAUCUACUCUUGAGGGACUCAAGAGUACCACCAAAUAUUUCUCACUGCAUAGCCGGACCGCCCCAGUAAUCACAUCCUACACCAUGAGCAAUAACGCCCCAUCACGUAUCAGAUGACUUUGCACUACUUAGUCUAAGAACUCUUAAAAGACACCAGCUUAUUAGAUUUCACUUCUUUCACAUUCUUUUACACAUUUUAUCUCUCUAUCUUUCUAUAAUAUUUCUAUUGGCCAAUUUCUCAUCUCACAAACUCUGUUAACCAUUGAGUUCGUCUUUGUUACUAUACUCUUAUUAAUAAUUUUCACAUUUUCUCCAGUGACACCCAACUGAAUUCUUCAAUCCUUCUAACCUUAUUUAUUAUUACAUUUCUAAAAACAAAAAUACACACUAAAGGAGGCCACACUAGAUUUUGAGCAUGCACAAUUACUUUUGCACAAUUGCUGCAAAUCAUGCAGCUUCUCUUACUUAAAGGGAUAGUUCACCCGAAAAUGAAUAUUCUCUCAUCAUUUACUCACCCCCAUGCCAUCUUUGUACAACUUU